CGCGAGUUCACUGUAGAACGUUAGCUAUUCGUGCGCCCAAUUGCCGUCGUCCACGGCCGUCGCCAAGAUGCACGCCCCAAUGCAGCCCAACUACCGUGGUUAUCCACAACCUGUUCAUCAUCGGCAGCCAACCACACCUCGUCGGGGUGUCCCAGUCCCUGGAAUGAUGCCAAUGCAAGUCGCGCAACAUAACAUGCCUAACCCUCAAGUUCUCGCCGCGCAACAGCGACAUGUGCCCGUACAUCCAGAUGCGGCGAUUCGGCGGAGUCGCAAGCCAACUGAUAAGACGCUUCCUGACGGUAUUGAGGAGGUUGUGAUCGGUGAUGCAGUCCAGCAAUACAAACGUAUGCAAGAGGUUGAAAGAAGAUUGGAUUCAGCGAUCAUGAGAAAAAGGAUCGAUCUUCAGGACACAGUAAACAGGAACACGAGACGAUAUCGGACAAUGAGGUUAUGGAUUUCUAACACUGUCGAACAACAACCCUGGCAGCAAGCGGAGCAGAAUCCUGAAGUUCCGCCAAGAAUAGGUGCUGGACGAUACAGGGUGAAAAUUGAGGGACGUCUCCUUGACGAUGCUACUGAUCCGACCGUACCCGAUGAAGAUGAGGAAGAUAUCGAUAUGAAGCAUCUAGGAGGCGAAAAAGAUCCUGAUGCAAUGGAAGAAGAUAGCAAGCCGCAGAAAAGGGAGGAAGCAAAGCCUUCAUCACCGUCCAUACGGAAAAGGCUAUCGCAUUUCUUCAAAACGAUUUCAGUGGAAUUCGACAAACCUUCGUCCCCCGGUGUGGCAGAUUUGGCUACAAUAAUCUGGAAUAAACCUACAUUACCACCUAGUGCUGCAGCCCUACCGCCUACUGCUGAUUUCGACUCGUUGGAGUUCUCCAGGGCCGCCGAGGUCAAUAUUAAUGGCACGAUUACUAUGACGCGAGACGAGAAUCUGGAACGGUUUCUCCUAAGCAAGGAAUUGGCAUCCAUCCUUGAUAUAGAGGAAGAGACACGUGCUGGGAUCAUCAUCGGGCUCUGGGAAUACAUAAAGACUGCAGGGCUCCAGGAAAGCGAGGAAAAGCAAGCAGUGGCGUGCAAUGAACGUUUAAGAGCGAUCUUUGGAAGAGACAAGAUUUACUUCCCAGCUAUCCCGGAACUUAUUGGACCCCACUGCACUCCCCUUCCACCGAUCAAGAUCCCAUUCACAAUCCGCGUCGACAAGGAAUUCCACAGCAAGCCCAUUCCAGCCAUUUACGACAUCCGCGUCGCCGUCGACGACCCCCUCCGCAACAAAAUGCUCCAAGUAACCACCUCGCCAGACUUCCCUAAUAUGCUCCGGCAAGUCUCCAGCCUCGACGAUCAGCUCGCUCUUGUUGUCCAGGCUCUCCACCACUCCAAGGCCAAACACUCAUUCUACACCAAUCUAAGUCAGGAUCCCGUGAACUUCAUCAAACGCUGGAUCUUGAGUCAAAGGCGUGACCUGGAAACCAUCCUGGGAGAAUCGACGAGAGCGGGUCGUCCAGAUCCUAAUGCACCGGAGUUUAGGAGAGGUGGGCUGAACAGUGCAUGGGAUACGCCUGUGGCGAGGGAAGCUGCUCGGUAUAUGCUUGCUAGACCACCUCAUAUGGGGCGUUGAGGUGCUUAGCUGAGAAAGCUAUC